AUGCGGACUUGGCUUCUGUCUUUGCAUUGCGAUCUAUGUCAAGCCCUUGUGACCGCUUUACUUCUCCCACUCACUGAAGCGUUCACUCUCGUCCAGUACUUCAGCCUCAACCCUGUCAGCAAUUUCACGCUGUUCUCGAACGAGCCUUCCCCGGCGGGGGUAUUGUCGUUAAACCUUUCGUCGUCGUCAUCAUCCCUCGACAUGGUCACCUACACUCCUUCUUCGGAGGCUCAGGACCUCGCUCACAAACUCAACGUCAUCUAUUUCAGCAAUGAGUUCCCUAGUGAUGACCUUUCAUACCUACUUCGACGGCUGCACAACCACAGCAAGCACCGGAAUCAUCCGAUCCUUGCCAGGUUCUUGGAUGAGGCCACUCGAGCAUUGCGCCAAGAGAACUUGGAAGCCAUCGAUGCAGAGGCGCCGGACUCGUGGGCGUAUGUCGUCUACGGGCUUACGCCGGAAGACGCUGAGAAAGAGCUCGACAAUAUACACACUCGAGAUAGUACUCCGGCUGCCAGCAGAAUCUUUGUCAGCGCCAUCAGUGAGACGUCGGUCACUGUGAGUGGACCUCCGUCUCGACUCAAGGCCCUUUUCCGCACCUCGGGCUUCUUCCGGGAUCGAAAAUUCACCCAGCUGCCGGUGUAUGGAGGACUCUGCCAUGCUCCCCACAUAUAUUCCCUCGAGGAUGCUCAAAAGGUCGUCCAAACACCCUUGUUGGCCCCGCGGUUCAAGCCGGUGCUGCCGAUCAUGUCGACCAGCACGGGACAGCCUUUUGUGGCAUCGAGCGCCGCAGACCUGUUUGAGCAAGUCAUUUUUGAAAUCAUGACCAAACAGAUCGUUUGGGACAAUGUCAUUGCCGGCGUGGCAGAGCGCGUGACCAAGACUGACGCUCGCGAUGUCACCAUCAUGGUCUUCGGCGUUUCUCUCCCCAGCCAGCAAAUGUCGAGCGCGCUGAUAACGACGACCCCCGAUUUGGCCGUAGAGACCGAGGACUUGUUCGUGUGGGUGACCACUGAUGUCGAAGAGGAAAAGCAUGAGCCACGAGGCUCAAUGCAGUCCAAAAUUGCCAUCGUCGGCAUGUCAUGCCGCUUGCCAGGCGGUGCAACCGAUCCAGAGAAGUUUUGGGAACUUCUCGAGGCCGGCAUGGACGUGCACCGAAAGAUUCCCGCGGAUCGGUUCGACGUAGAAUCGCAUCACGACCCCACUGGCAAGAGGAUGAAUACCAGCCACACGGCCUAUGGCUGUUUCAUCGACGAGCCGGGAUUGUUCGAUGCGCCCUUUUUCAACAUGUCUCCCCGUGAGGCCGAGCAGACCGACCCGAUGCAGCGUCUGGCGCUUGUGACGGCAUACGAAGCCUUGGAGCGUGCGGGCUACGUGGCCAACCGCACCCCUGCGACAAAGCUGAAUCGCAUCGGAACCUGGUAUGGCCAAGCUAGCGACGAUUAUCGUGAGGUCAACACGGCACAAGAGAUCAGCACCUACUUCAUUCCCGGUGGCUGUCGUGCCUUUGGCCCUGGCCGGAUCAACUACUUUUUCAAGUUCUCCGGCCCGAGCUUCAACUGUGACACAGCAUGCUCCUCCAGCUUGGCCACCAUCCAAGCAGCUUGUACCGCCCUGUGGGCAGGCGACGUGGAUACGGUGGUGGCCGGAGGGCUCAAUGUUCUGACCAACCCGGAUGCCUUUGCCGGUCUCUGCAACGGUCACUUCCUCACCAAGACCCCCAACGCAUGCAAGACGUGGGAUUGCCAAGCCGAUGGGUACUGCCGUGCGGACGGAAUCGGGUCGAUCGUGAUGAAGCGCCUCGAAGACGCCGAGGCCGAUAACGACAACAUUCUGGGUGUCAUUCUGGCGGCCGCUACCAACCACUCUGCCAACGCCGUUUCCAUCACACACCCGCAUGCCGGCCAUCAGGCUGACCUCUACCGGCAAGUGAUGGCGAGGGCUGGCAUCGACCCUCUUGAUGUCAGCUACGUCGAGUUUCACGGCACCGGCACGCAGGCCGGCGACGCCGAGGAGAUGAAGUCCAUCACGGACGUUUUUGCCCCGAUCAAGGGGAAGCGACGGACGGCCAAGCAGCCGUUGCACAUUGGUGCUGUCAAGGCAAACGUCGGCCACGGUGAGGCUGCGGCCGGCGUGACGGCAUUGAUCAAGGUCUUGCUCAUGCUUCAGAAGAGCGCCAUCCCGCCCCAUGUCGGCAUCAAGAACGACAUCAACCCGGGCUUUCCCAAGGAU